UUGAGGUAAAUGAAAAGUGUGAAUUUUACAUAAUGCAUCUCGCUGAGAAACUACAGCUCAAUGAGCACUACCGGCUGAUCAUGCCCUUCAAGAGUAUGUUGAAUGCAAAUGAUAUGGGCUACUACUGGAGCUCCUUUAAUGAUUCAGUGACGAAGCAAACACAUUACUUGGCAGCAACACAAUUCUCACCAACUUAUGCCCGGACUGCAUUUCCGUGCUUCGAUGAGUCGCAUUUGAGGGCAACGUUCAGGGUUACACUGGGCUAUCAUAAAAAUUACACAGGACUAAGCAAUACACCAGUGAGCAAAUGUGUAGUACAUGACACGCUUAAAGACUAUGUCUCGUGCGAACAUGAACCUCUUUUAAGUACGUCCACCUACCUGGUGGCCUAUGCCGUGCACAAUUUAACUAGCGUACCAGCCCGGCCAAGUGACACUGCUCAUAAAGUCACCUUUCGCAGCUGGAUGCAACCGAAGGUCGUUGAGGAAAGCAGCUUCGGGGUGGAAUUCGCACCAAAAGCGCUGAGUUAUUUGGAGAGACUUUUGGAGUAUACGUUUCCAUUGCAUAAGGUUGAUCAGCUGGCAAUGCCAACACACAAAUUCAGUGCCAUGGAGAACUGGGGUCUGAUCACGUUCAAGCAGAGCCAUUUUGUGCACAACGAUGAGGUGGAAAUGCAGCAGACAAAAGAGAAUAAGGCAAGCACAAUGGCACAUGAAUAUGCACACCAAUGGUUUGGUAAUUUGGUAGCCAUUAAAUGGCGGAACGAUCUUUGGCUUAAGGAGGGACCUUCCACAUACCUCGGCUACUUGACUCUGAAAGCUCUGAUGCCUGAAUGGGGCAGUUUUGAGCGCAGAAUUGCAAAUGAUUUGGCCCUAUUCUUUUAUCAGGACAUGUUUAACGACACAAUUGCAAUUUCACGCAUUGUGAACGAUUCGAAAAGUAUUUUGGAACAGUUCACUCCGUAUGUUUACAAAAAAGGAUCCCUGACGAUGAGCAUGCUGCACAUGUUGCUAGGCAACGAUGUUUUUUUUACAGGCAUACGCAACUAUGUGGUUCGGCAUGCUUAUGACAGUGUUGCUCAGUCUGAUCUCUGGCAGGCGAUGCAGGAGGCUGCGGCUGUCAAGGGCACCUCGGCUGCUGCCAUAUCUCUGUCCACUGUCAUGGACUCUUGGACACUGCAAAAGGGUUAUCCGCUUGUGAGCGUGAUUAGGAACUAUACAGCAGGUUUUGUCCGGGUUAAUCAAACCCGAUUUAUGCUAGCAACUGUUGAUGAAGAUAAAAAAGACGAGAAAAACCGUACAGUUACAGUGUUGAAUCCACAAGUGAACUCCAUCUACCGUGUCAACUAUGAUGAGCGCAAUUGGCGCAUGAUCAUCGACACCCUAAAUUCCUACGAACACUUUGGCGAUAUUCAUGUACUUAAUCGAGCACAGCUGGUGGAUGAUCUUUUGGCACUGGCGUCGACAAAGCGUCAGAGUUAUGAGCUGGCAUUCAGACUGCUGGAGUAUCUGCCGCGGGAGCGCGAACUUUUGCCCUGGAACACAGCCUUUGAAGUGCUUAACAAGCUUGGUGCCCUGCUGCGCGACGAGAUGGCGAUCAAAUUUAGGCUCUUCAUGAGAAAGCUUGUUGCACCACUUUAUGGCCGCUGUCCCCAAAUAAACUCAGUGGAGCUAAGAACCAAGUCGAGUCCAUCUAUUGCUCUAUAUCGUUUGGCGUAUAAUCAGGCCUGCCGCUACGGCGUGGACGACUGCGUCAGUCAGGCCGUGCGAUAUACCGAAGGAACUGAGUACGGCACGGAGGUGCCUGUUAAUUAUAGAGAUAUUAUGUAUUGUACGAGCAUUGAACAGGGCAACGAGAUGCUGUUUCAUUUUCUGAGGGAACGCUUUCAAAACUUGACUGCUGUUGCAACAAAGGACGCCUGGGCAACAGAACUUGGCUGCAGUCCUGAUUUUAGCCAGUUGCAAUCGUUUUUGGACUAUUUACUGCGGGCAACGGAUAAAUCCACAUAUAGGUAUUAUAUACAAGCCGUUACUUCAGCACUGCGCCGUCAACAUGUGGCACCGGAGACCACAGACCAUAUUCUGAAGCAUGCCAAAAUACUCAAUAACAAAUUCAGCAGCAAGGAAAUUAAAAUGUUGCUCUUAACAAUAAUUGGCAAUUCGUACACCGAACUUGAGGAGCAUCAGUUGAGGCAACAAUUGAAGGGCCAAAGUAAAUUCGAGGAGCAUCUACAGGAAGCGUUCAAUAUGCGUGAAAUAAAUCGCAAUUGGCUAACGCAACGUGCCGAAUAUUUUGUUAGAGCUUUAAGCAAAUAUAUUUAA